AUGACUCGCUACGCCGCCACCGAGAUUGCACCGCAGAAGUCGGCCCGCGCCCGCGGUGCCUACCUGCGUGUGUCCUUCAAGAACACCCGCGAGACCGCCCAGGCCAUCAACGGCUGGAAGCUCCAGCGCGCCGUUAAGUUCCUCGAGAACGUCCAGGAGAAGAAGGAGGCCGUCCCCAUGCGCCGCUACGCUGGCAGCACCGGUCGCUGCGCUCAAGGUACGAUGCGAACGCCCCGAGAUUUGGAAUCUUUCGUUUUGGCAUGGGAUCUGCAUCAAGAGGAGGAACUCUUGGGCAAGCAGUUCGGCGUCUCCAAGGCCCGGUGGCCCACCAAGUCGGCUGAGUACCUCCUCGGCCUCCUCAAGAACGCCGAGUCCAACGCCGACGCCAAGGGCCUGGACACCGGCAACCUGAUUGUCAAGCACAUCCAAGUCAACCAGGCCCCCAAGCAGCGCCGACGGACGUACCGUGCCCACGGUCGCAUCAACCCCUACAUGUCCAACCCCUGCCACAUCGAGCUCAUCCUGACCGAGGGUGAGGAGGUCGUCCAGAAGUCCGAGGCUGUUGUUGGUCGUGAUGAGCACCUGAGCUCAAGACAGCGUGGCCGCCGUGUCCGCCAGGCCAUCACUGCCGCAUAA